UCUCUUAUUUCAUUACUGUAGUAGUAAAUUACAUUUUCACCAUGUCUCCUGCACUCUUCAACUCUCUGUUCAUUCUGCUCAUAUUCCUCCCUAAUGGGCUCUCUCAGUUGGUGAGAACACAGCAGGUUGUCACAGCAACCCUGGGAGAAGAUGCAGUCUUAACCUGUGAGCUCAUGAAACCCAAAGACGUGCGGCAAGUAACCUGGCAAAAAGAGACAACAGAGACGAAUGAAAAUGUGGCCACUUACAGCAAACGCGGUUCCAAUGUCAACCCACCUUUUCAGGGGAAAGUGGAGUUUGAAGACGAGGGACUGCAGAACUGUUCUAUUGUCAUCAGAGGAGUGUCAAGAGGAGACGAGUCCUGCUACAAGUGUCUGUUUAACACCUUUCCAGAUGGACCUAUCAGUGGAACGACCUGUCUCCACGUAAAUGAGCUGUAUGGACCCUCAAUACUCAUCACACAAACCAACAACAGUCACACCACUCUGUCCUGUUCUGCUACUGGACGACCUGCUCCUAUAGUGACCUGGGAUGACAUGAUGAUAGAACAUUCCACCAUGGUUGAUGUCACCCAUCCCAAUGGAACUGUCACUAUGACAACUACUGUAACAGUGCUAGUGUCCAGUCUAACUAACAAAGAAGUUAGGUGUGUUGCUUCUAUGUCCUUCAGUGAUGUCACCAAGAAUGCUUCCAUGGUGAUUCCAGCUUCAAUUACUGGUCAAUCUCAGGUCUCUGAUAACAAGAUCAGUGGUGCAGUGGUUGGUGCAGUGAUUGGUGCAGUGAUGGGUUCAGUGUGUCUCAUUGCUGUAUUCUGUGUAAUAUGGCUGCAAAAGAGGAGAAAAGAUACCUCUUCCAGAAAACCCCCAGUUCCUGACCCUGAAAUCAGCAGAACUUCCUUAAAGACACCAGCAACAUCCAAACAUGUCACACCAUCCUCCAGUCCAUCACAAAUGUCACACUCGUCAACCAGCUCACCAAACAGCUCAGCGAUCAAGCGUAGGUUGACUAAGAACUCCAGUCCGUCACAAAUGAUACCAUCCCUCAGCUCGUCUGAGAAGCGCAGGAUACAACCAGCUCAGGAGGCUGUAAAGAGGAACCUUUUCAAUGACUACUGAGUGACUGUACUCAUAUUGCCACACACACCUGAUCAUUACUGACUAAUCUGGUUCAUGUUAUUUUAUCUUUAAAAGUCUGUGACAAAUCAAUCUGUUUUUUAAAAGCAAUCCUUUUAAGAUGUUGUUUUGAGCCUGUCAUAACAGUUAUCUUAGUUGCCUGGUUUGUCUCAGGUCAUGAUACUGUAGGGCCUAGGGAGAGUUGUGCAGGUCAGUUUAAAGAUUGUAGGGAGAAACCAAAAAGCUCUCUGAGACAUUUACAAAGACCACACACGUAAGAAUGGAAAAUCAACCCUAUUGGACACUUCCACUAAACAAUAAAUAUGCAGUACUGCCAUCAGGCAUCAGUAUAGCUUUUAAAUGUUUAUCUUGUAUAUACCUUGUAAGCAUGUGUAUCUGUCAUGUGUGUUGCUGUUUCUUUAUCUUGUGUGACGUGCCACAACUGAUGUUCCUUCUGGAAAAUGUUUAAUUUAUUCUAUUCAAUUUAAGGUUUCAAAGGGAGGGUAUAUUACCAGUAAACUACCAGAAUUUUGGUAACUUUCAAGUUCUGGGGGGAAUUUUAUAAGAUCACAUCGAGUGAGCUUUUUUGGGUACUUCAGAUUAUCACGUGUCUGUAAUUAUCUCUGGCCCUCUGUGUGGCCUUAUCACUACAUGUGAAUUAUUUUUACUUUUUUUUUAAGUUAUUCAAGUAUAAGUGACCAAAGUUGCCAUACUAGAAAUAAUUUGUGCUGACAUCAAAAUGAGGGGUAUUGUACAAAAUAAAUGAACCAGCAAUUGGAAGUCUCUAACCAAUCAGAAUGUCAAAGCCAAUGACGUGAUUCAUGUAAACCAACUCUGUCUCAACCAAUCAGUUUCUGGGACCAAUCAGAAUGGUGAGAAUGUUUUCACAUUCUUAAGACGUCGGUGAGGAAAGCAAAUCCAGACUCAUGGUGGAGAAGAAACGCUAGUGAGCGUGGUGUUUGGUAGGAGCGAUGUGGAUGGAUAGUCAGGCUAACUGAUGUGCAGGAAGGAAAUGACAGACAGGCCACCAUGAAACAGUUCUCAUGCUUUAAAUAGACUGGCCUUGCAUCCACAGAAGUACAUAGGCUACAGCAUACAUACAUUUUUGG